UGUAAGCAAAACACAAGGGUCUAAAAAUAUCUGCUUCAUUACACGCGAUUUGCUGAAAGAUUAUGCUUUUAUGUCCUUCAGGCUUAGGGUAUCCCACAACAUUUUGUGCUUUUGGUUAUCUAUAUAUAAGGGUGCUCCACCUUUGCUUAAAAGGCACAUGUUGUGAAAAAUGGGGUUAGGGGCACUAUUUCUUGGGUUCUUCUUCCUUUCUUGUGUGGUGUCUGUGAAGAGUGUGGAGCCAAAACCCUCACCCACUUGUACAUUUCCUGCAAUCUACAACUUUGGGGACUCCAAUUCAGACACUGGAGGCAUAUCAGCUUCAUUUGUGCCAAUUCCUGCACCUUAUGGCGAGGGUUUUUUUCAUAAACCUUCAGGAAGGGACUGUGAUGGCCGUCUCAUUAUAGAUUUCAUAGCUGAGAAGCUAAAUUUGCCUUACUUAAGUGCCUAUCUGAAUUCCCUUGGAACCAAUUACCGGCAUGGGGCAAAUUUUGCCACUGGGGGGUCCACCAUUAGGAAGCAGAAUGAAACUAUAUUUCAAUAUGGGAUAAGUCCUUUCUCGCUUUACAUCCAGAUUGUGCAAUUUAACCAGUUCAAAGCACGCACCAAACAACUCUACGAAGAAGCCAAAACCCCACUUGAAAGGAGCAAGCUUCCGGUGCCUGAGGAGUUCUCUAAGGCUCUCUACACUUUCGACAUUGGUCAAAAUGAUCUCUCAGUUGGAUUCAGAAAGAUGAAUUUUGACCAAAUACGUGAAUCCAUGCCAGAUAUUGUCAACCAACUAGCCAAUGCAGUCAAAAAUAUUUACGAACAAGGAGGGAGGUCAUUCUGGAUACACAACACUAGCCCCUUUGGGUGCAUGCCGGUACAACUAUUUUACAAGCACAAUAUAGCAGCCGGCUAUCUUGAUCAGUAUGGAUGUGUGAAGGAUCAAAAUGAGAUGGCUACUGAAUUCAACAAGCAGCUCAAAGACCGAAUCAUCAAACUCAGGACAGAGCUUCCACUGGCUGCAAUUACUUAUGUAGAUGUCUAUGCUGCAAAGUAUGCACUGAUCAGUAACACCAAAACUGAAGGAUUUGUGGAUCCUAUGAAGAUUUGUUGUGGCUAUCAUGUGAAUGAUACACAUAUUUGGUGUGGAAAUUUGGGGAGUGCAAAUGGGAAAGACGUGUUUGGUACUGCUUGUGAAAACCCUUCACAGUAUAUAAGUUGGGACAGUGUUCAUUAUGCUGAGGCUGCUAACCACUGGGUUGCUAACCGUAUCCUCAAUGGCUCUUUCACGGACCCACCAACACCUAUCAUCCAAGCAUGUUACACUCAAAGAAAGCUAUAUCACAAGUUACAAAACUGAAGCAGACUUUAUUCCUGUACUAGAUAAUUGAGAACCACAUACUUGGUGUUCCUUGAAUGUUCCAAUACACAACAUUCUGGAGAUAGGCAAAUUCAUUGGCCUAUUAGUGUUUUUCAAACAUUGUUUGCAACCGUCAAUUUGGAAUUUGACAAUGCACUUUUGACCUUAAUUCUCUCAAAGCAUUUUAUUUCU